GCACUCCAAUCAAGUUGUAGAAACAGCUCAAGGAUGCUUCAUGGAAACAGAAUGCACCUGAGCUCAAUUUCGAGUCUCAUAGAAAAGGGUCUGAAUACUAAAUAAUGUACUUCAGUUUUACAUUUUUAAUACAUUUGCAAAAAUGUCUAAACCUGUUUUUGCUUUGACAUUAUGGGGUAUUGUGUGUAGAUUGAGGACAUUUUUUAAUUUAAUCAAUUUUAGAAUAAGGCUGUAACGUAACAAAAUGUGGAAAAAUUCAAAGGGUCUGAACUCUUUCCGAAUGUGCUGUAAUGGACCCCAAUAGUUGAAGCAUAGAGCUACCGCCCCACUAAUGACUUCAUUCUCAUACAGUCUAUUUAAUCCUGGAUCCAGGACCUACAUGGGACCAUCUAGGCUUUAACAAUGACCAUGUUUUAAAUCCAGCACUUUAUUACAUUUUUGGGUACAGAUUCCCACCCAUGGCUAGUAAGGAAUUUAACAAAUUAACUCAAUUUUUUUCAAGUCAAAAAGUACAAAUAUUUCCAAAUAACGUAUGUAACUGACUACACUGUAGUUUCCCCAACACCCCCACUGUGGUGGUAAAGUUCUCUCCCCAGCCAAGAGACAGAAGGUAUUAGUAACAAAGUGUAGUUGCACUAUCCCAACAUGGACACCUAAGUUCCUCCAUCGCUCAUGAGCAAAGUCAACCCAGGGACUAGGCUAUGUCUGGUGUUAUAGUGAUUACCUCUCCUGGUCACACAAUAUACUGUUCAAGGCAAACUGAUCUGUGCUGGUUGGUGUUACACACAACCAACCAUACUGAUUGAUAGACAGUACAACCUAAUGCUUCGACGUGUGUUAUAAAUACCUGUACUGUAUAAGGCAAUGCCCAACUCAAAUUUGUACUGGUAUUUUGAAUUGCAUAUUUGUUUUUUCAAAGAAUGCUACAUGCUGGAAGAUCAGUUGUGUUUUGUAUUGGUUGGAGUUGGAAGGGUAAAAUACCAUGACCACCACACUUAUAACAUACUUAAUUUAACAGAGGGCUAAUGUAGGAUUUUUUUAAACGAUAAAUAUGCGGAGUAAUAUUGCCUCAAAGCAAGCAAUGUAUUUUAAAUGGGGGCAUUUUGUAUAUUUGACUGUACUUGCAAUGAGGCACCUUCAACAUGUAUGUUGUAAAACAUAAACUGCCACUUUCUGCGUGAUGGUGGUAGAUACUGGACAUGAUCAGAAAAUAUGCACUUUGUACGACAAGCCAUCAAUGAACUCUCUCUUUGUACGGGAACAUCUGACAUUUCAGACUACAUGCUUCUACGACAUGCAUGAUUUUAGUACAGCCGAUUGCCAGAUUGUUCCCUAAUCCCUAGGAAUGAAUGGGGAAUGUUGGUGAUUAUGUUCGAUGGGAGCUUAGAAGGGUUGGUUGGGGUUAACGCCUUAUUCUGCUAUCGCCUUAUUCUGCCUUGGACCUGUAGAUUGCCUGCCUCUGCUGCAGCUGUGGCUUGUUCAUCUCUCACUGUCCUCCAUUGUUUUGUGUCUCCCUAUCUCAAUCUGUUCAUACUGUAUGUCUGGGUCUGCUGGAUAGGACCAGGUUGGGUGACACCCUCAGACAAAUAGUUCUGGAUUCUGUUUCCCCCAAAACAUUUCAUUUAUCUGAUAGAUAUACUUUUGGGAGAUAAUGCCAUGUCGCAUUUGCAUAUCUCAGUCAUUGCCCCUUAAAAUGUAUUUAGAAUUUGUAAUUGAAAUAUAUUGGGAAAUUAGCCUACCGCUGUAGCUCAAUCGAUCAUCUCAGCGGGUGUAUUUAGGACUUCAGUUUGAGUUUACUCUGAGCCAAUAAGGAAACCAUUGUCAGAAAAUAGUUGGGUCAUUUACCACGAUAACUUGAUAUCUAUGUUUCCUGACCUACUGUUGUUUCUGAUGUGUAUGGUGGAAUAGGGGCAUGCAGCGGUCCUAUAUCACCCGCACCAUUCUGUCAGUAUUGGUGUAGUUUGUUUUGUGUUUGUAUGUUGACAUGAGAAAACGGUGUGUAUGAAUGACAAUCUGUAUUCCCAUCCUCACUCUAUCAUUGUAAACAAGCCAAAUAUUGAAGCCUACAUUCUGUAUUGAACUAUACAACUUUUAAAUAAAAAUGUAUAUAAUAUAUAUAUGUUUUUUCAUGUAUUCAAUCUAUUUUUGUAUUAUCUCUUUGCUGCCAUCCUUGGGUGACAUGACCAAUGUAGUUCCGUCUUAGUUUCCGGUAGGACCAAUAAUAGAGUAGCACAAUAUUUUAGACAAAUAUCCGUAGUGCAGUGUUGCGACAACUGACUCGGACAGCGACGUGUCUUGAUAUGAAAUGGUGAAUGACGUCUCUGGUGACUUUAAACAAACAGAUAUGACCUUUAGUUUGAUGGCUGCUUUAAAACUUCGUCUGGCACAGUCUUAUUUUCUUCGCUCUGGUAUUGUCGUCGUUAAAUAGUUAUCCACUGUUAGGAUGGACGGCAUGGGUCUGGCGGUCAGUCGUUUCGAGUUUGACAAUGUCGUACUCAAGAAACUUCCGUUGGAUACAUCAGAAGAGCCUAGUCCGCGAAGGGUGGAAGGAGUCUGUUUCUCCCGCGUAAAGCCCCAGCCAGUGGUCAAGCAUAGGUUCGUGGCCGUCUUUAAUGACGCUUUAGCUUUGCUUGGGCUGAACGCCGAGAAGGUUCUGAACGGCCCGCUUGGUCCAGAGUAACUGAGCGGCUCCAAAGUAAUGCCAGGAUCCGAGCCUGCCGCGUACUGCUACUGCGGUCACCAGUUCGGCUCGUUCGCCGGACAGCUGAGGGACGGGGCAGCCUGCUAUCUGGGUGAAGUAAAAGCUCCAGUUGACUAGAGGCCAGUGCUGCUCCGGGAGAACCCGUACCGGUGGGAGAUUCAGGUCAAGGGAGCUGGUCUGACUCCCUACUCCUGACAAGCUGACGGCCAUAAGGCGCAGCGCUCCAGCAUCAGAGAGUUUCUGUGCAGCGAGGCGGUGUUCGCUCUGGGGGUGCCCACUACCAGGGCAGUGACAUCUGACAGCAAGGUGGUACGGGAGUUGUACUACAACAGGUACCCCACCAAAGAGAGGUGCUCUGUGGUCCUCUGCAUCGCACCCACCUUUAUCAGGUUCGGGUCCUUUGAGAUCAUUAAGGUGGCUGAUGAAAACACAAUGUGUCAAUUUGUGUCAAUUUUCAGAGAGGUGAUGCUGCGUACUGUUUCACUGGUGGCCCAGUGGCAAUGUGUGGGCUUCUGCCAUGGAGUCCUCAACACAGACAACAUGAGCAUCCUGGGGCUCACACUAGACUACGGGCCCUACGGCUUCAUGGACAGGUUUGAUCCUGACUUCAUCUGCAAUGCCUCAGACAACUCAGGCUGCUACACUUAUCAGGCCCAGCCGACUAUCUGCCGCUGGAACCUGGCUCGCCUGGCCGAUGCCUUGGACCCAGAGCUGCCCCCAGGCCGAGCAGAGGCUGUCCUGGACGAGUACCUGCCCCUCUACAACACCUUCUACCUGGGCAACAUGAGGAGGAAGCUGGGCCUGCUGAAGAAGGAAAAGUCAGAGGAUGAGAUGUUGAUCACUGAGCUCCUGCAGACCAUGCACAAAACAGGACCAGACUUAACUAACACGUUUCGCUGUCUGAGCCAGAUUCCCUUCCCCACUUCGGGCGACAGGGAGGCAGAGGAAGGAGUCAUCAAAAUGGCCACAGACCUCUUCCUGGAGCAGUGUGCCUCUCUGGAGGAGCUCAAGGCUGCCAACAAGCCCAGCAUGGACACACAUGAGUUGACCAUGCUACUGCAUUUGGCCCAGAGCAACCUGUCCCUGUUCCAGAUGGUCUCGGAACGGAGGACGGUGGCCAUGAAGCUGGGUUGGCCGAAGGAGCUGCUGGAGGUCGAGGCCAAGCACAGAGAGAACUGGGUCACCUCAUACAGUAAGUGUCUGGCUGGGGAGGUUCAGGGCCAAAGGGACGUCCAGGCACUGCAGGAGGAGAGGGUGAAAGUGAUGAAUGGCACCAACCCACAAUAUGUCCUUAGGAACUACAUCGCCCAGAAUGCAAUAGAGGCAGCCGAGAAUGGAGACUUCUCUGAGAUCAGGUCCAGCGGCUCUUGAAGGUUCUGGAGAAGCCUUUCUCUACCCAGCCGGGUCUGGAGCAACCGAGUUGUCUGGCCCAAGGCGUGGUUGAGGAGCAGGGAGAGAUGGAGCAGCAGGGGGCAGAAGCGUUAGCAUCCCGAAUGUGUGUUCCCCAUGACAGCAAGCUGCCAAGUUUGGGCCAAUGAAAUCUGUGUCACCUGAUCUUCCCUUCUGAUCACGCUUCCCUGACAGUCUACCCACCCAUAUGUACAAUAGAGACGGUCACUGUCUUUUCUUCCUUUGUUUACCUAUACCGCUCUCCUCAUACUCUCUCUUUACUUGGGUGGGUAAUGGCACGGAAAGUACAUUUUAAUGAGCUAAGAUGCUCCGAUGUUAACCACUCAGCCUAUAGAUAUGCAAGGUAAUGAUGUUGAGUUUUGGCACAUUUCACAAAGUACAACCCUAGAAAUCUGAAAUGACACUUUUUUUGUUGUUGAUCCAAGUGAUAAUUACAUUUAUGGAAAUAUCAUGUGUUCAGUUGAUUUGUAGUCUUUAUACAGAUGUCUCUGUAGAUCUGUGUAGCCUAUUGGCUGUUUGGUUAUGAAUGACAGCCCAGACGUCCAGUCCUACAAUGACCCGUCUGAGUCCGAGAGCCUAGGAGUAUCACCUCUAUGUACCAAAUAAUGUGUGAAAGGGAAUGUACAUGAUUUACAUAUCAUCUGAAUUUUACAGAAUAAGUCACAUAAUGUGACUGAUUGAGCCACGAAGGACUUCACACACAAGUAUAACAUAAAUGUCAACAUUGUAAAUGUCAUAGCAACUGUAACACUGACCAUUUGGUGCUUAAUUGCACAAAUACUACUACACCACAUUGCAACGUGUAGGUCAUGAUGACAUCCUAUGUAUUGCAUACAUUUUCCAGGAAGCUUCAAAACUGCCAUUGUCAACUAAAUAUAUGCCAAGGAAAUCAUGGCCAAUGGUUUUGUUUGUUAAUUUCUUGGGAUAAAUUGUUUUUUAUGAGAAAUGAUAUGUCAUGAUGCUGAAGAAAUGGCUUUUAUAGGGUGUUCCUUGGUAACUUGAAUUUCUUUUAAACGUUAAUAUUGUGGCCCAAAGUUGAGCUAUUUGUAACUUAAAUGUAAUGGACUGUUCAAUAUUCUGUUUUUGAAAGUUGGAAGGUUUUACUUAUGGCAAUUUUUGUGAAGGAAAAAGGGAAAACAAUAUGCACUACUCAAAUGGCUUCUCUUGGGCUGCAGGUAAAUUCUCUGAGGUACAUAUGAAUCAAACUCAUAAAUGAACAUUUCAACUAUUGUGACCACCACCAUAUCUUUGCCAUUACCCCCUUCAAAACAUGUCAUACCAUGAGGAAUAGAGGGACCUCUGUCAGGUGAUGGAUGAGCAAUAAGUCUGUUCAUAUUGAUCAGCAUUAACAUUGCUUAUAAUAGAAUAGACUAUCCUAAAGUAUAACCUGUGGUGUUUUUAUUUAUUGAUUAUUAAUGUACAUAUGAAAUGUAUUAUCUUCUGAGAGCUUCCUCUAUAUGUGAAUCGUAGUUGGUAAACUUAUACAAAAAUA